CUAGCCAGCUGAGUUUUCCCGAUUUUGCGGGAAUACAGUUGAGUCAGCAUGGCCGCUAUUACGGACCCAGUCAACCCCUCCAAUUGCGACGUGGUGGUUGACUUUGGUUUACCAACUCCGCCGACCACCGAUCCUGUCGAUGAAUUAAACUCUCUUACCGUGCUAGAUGUUUUAGACGCAGAUUCUCGUCCGACCUUUGUUCUCGACCUUGAUCCCGACACAAGCCCCGAGCGAUUGGAAGGAAUCGUGCCCGUGUUUUGCAACGCCGCCCUCCGACAGCACGAGCUUUUGUUCGACGGCAUUGUCGGCCCCGACGCCUGCGGAGUUGCCGAGCCCUCCUCGGAUGGCACACCCGAGACGAAUAACCAUUAUUCCUAUCACGACUUUCGCCGUUGGGCCACGGGUGUCACCCCUCACGAUGACAGCAAAGACGUCUUUCCCCUGUCGAUCCUCUACGCAGAUCUGCUUUGGACCGGCUCCACCGUCCAUAAGCGCUGGCGCAUCGUCAGUGGUAACAGAUUAUGGCGGUUUGCCGAUACCGAUGCAGAUUCUACACUGGCCGAGUUGAACCCGGAUGGGAAGGCCACUUCGCCGUUUAGUUCACAACGUGGCGGUCGUUCUCCAGAGGACAGAUUGAGGAGACAGGUUAGCAAGGAUGUGACAGUCAAGGGUCAAAAGCAGGAAGAGAGGGCCAAAAGUCCACCGGUCACGCAGGAGAGAAAGAAAUCUAUUGCGUUGGACGUUGUCGAUAAGCCAGUCUUGACUAUCGCUGUACCACCAGACACAUCACCCGGCGCGACUCUCGUCUCGUCCUCACGACCUGCCAACUCUCUGACGUCUUACUUUCCACCCGACGGUAGCUCUAAUGACACCGGCACCGGCACCGGCAGCUCUUCAUAUCAACCAACAAUACCUUUAAAGGCAUCAGUACCUGAAAAGGCAGUGGCCGAUUGGACGGUGCCUGAAGACAAACUACAAGGAGUGCUAUCGGAGCACCUUAAAUUCGCCAGAUCGGUCAACUGGGCCAACACACCUUUGGGGCCUAUGGAGUCUUGGUCAGCCGAGUUUCGCCAGGUUGCGAAUUUGGUCAUGACGAAUCCAUUCCCCGCAGCCCUCUUUUGGGGUAGUGAGCUUACGAUGCUGUACAACGAGGCAUACGCGCGUGAGGUCGCUGGCAACAAACACCCUUCGCUUAUGGGGACAGGCUUUUCGGGCCCUUUUGCUGAGCUUUGGGAUUAUGCCGGCCCCGUGUUUGCCGAAUGCGCGAGGACCGGCGUGGCUGUGCGCAAGGAGAACGACUAUCUACCCAUCGAUAGACAUGGUUUGUUGGAGGAGACGUUUUAUACGUGGGGCUUCGUUCCGCUGUAUGGUGGUACCAGUCGGAUCCUUGGUUUUUACAACGCACCGUUCGAGACUACAACCCAGGUGCUGAACCAGCGCUAUUUGACAACCAUCAACAACCUAGGCGCUCAUGCAGCCCACGCCAAGACAGUCAAGCAGUUCUGGAAACGAGUGUUGGAAUCUCUCCAGGAAAACAUCUUUGACGUUCCUUUUGCGCUCUUGUAUUCUGUUGGCGACUCGGGCGAGGAAGAAGAAAACGUAUCAACUUCUUCAGGAAGCACAUUAUCCCUCAAAUCGUGCUAUCUCGAAGGCACAAUCGCGGUUCCGGAGGGCCACGUCGCUGCGCCCAAGCAGCUAGAUUUGAAGCGAUCUUGGGAAGGUUUCGUUCCGACUUUCCGUGAGGCCAUGCGGACCAGAGAGCCGACCCUCCUACAUACACGGGACGGCACACUACCCGAGUCCCUCCUGGAGGGAAUCACCUGGAGAGGGUUUGGCGACCCUUGUCGUGAGGCCGUCAUCUUCCCCGUACGUCCAACUAAUGGUGACGUCGUUAUGGCAUUUCUCGUUUUGGGCGUUAACCCUAGACGCCCUCUGGACGACGCUCAUCGGGCUUUUAUCAGCAUGCUUAACCGGCAGCUGGCAACAUCCCUUGCCUCGGCCAUCUUGUUCGAGGACGAAGUCCGUCGCAGUAAAAACGCGGCCGAAAGGGCGGCUCACGAAAAGGAGAUGUUGACGGAACAACUUACCCUACAGGCUAACCGCUUGAGGCGCAUGACGGAAAUGUCGCCGUUGGGAAUGUUCCUGAUCGACCCGGAUGGGGUUCUUAGAGAGGCCAACGACAGGUUCUAUGAAAUGACAGGUAUCCCACGCGACAGGACCGAAACUGAGCUUGCGUGGCUUGAUUUUGUUCAUGACAAUAGCAGGGCCUUGGCCGAGGAUGGAUGGUCGAGGCUGGUAAAGGGGGCGUCGGAUAAGAAUCCUUCGUCCACGGAUAAAUUCUCAUGGUCGACUGAGAUGCAAAUCAAGCAACGCAGCGUAAACGCCAGCCCCGUCAACCUUCACGGUGAAGCCAUCGAUUUUUGGGUCUUGAUCAACGCGCAUUCGGAAUUCGCCAACGACGGUUCCCUUCGUUCCAUCAUGGGCUCCAUUACUGAUAUCUCGCAUCUCAAAUGGGCUCAAGGGUUGCAGCAACGCCAGCUCCAAGAGGCCGAAGAGACGCGACGACAGCAGAACGAGUUCAUCGACAUCACAUCUCACGAGAUGCGCAACCCGCUCAGCGCUAUCCUGCAGUGUGCCGACGAUAUUUCAACCGCCCUGGCAGAGUCCUCCAGCACGCAGACGCCCCCAAGGCAUGAAGUUGUCGAGUCUUGUGUCGACUCUGCUCAGACUAUCGCCUUGUGCGUGCAGCAUCAAAAGUCUAUCGUGGAUGACAUCCUUACCAUUUCCAAGCUCGAUUCGAGCUUGUUGCACAUCACGCCGCUUCCGGCCCGCCCUCAGGCAGUCGUCCGCCGUGCUGUGAAAAUGUUUGAUCCAGAGUUGCAGGCCAAAAAGAUCAAGUGCCGAGUCGAGACGGAUCCUUCGUACUCCGAGUUGGCCAUCGAUUGGGUCAUGGUUGACCAGAACCGCACUCGCCAAAUCCUUAUUAACCUGAUUACCAACGCCAUCAAAUUCACGGCGCCCGCCGAGGAGCGCAUUAUUACCGUCAAAGUGGCCGCCUCGACAAACCCUCCCGAUCCGACCCUCACAUGUCCAGAUUUCGAAUACGUCGAACCCAAGCAUACCCCAACCGCCCACGUUUUUGCCGAGGACUGGCCAGCCGACGAAACCGUCUACGUCAGAUUCCAAGUCCAGGACACUGGUUGUGGUCUCAGCCUUCCCGAAAAGCAGAUGCUUUUCCAACGAUUCCGACAAGCCAGCCCACGCACGCACGCGCAGUACGGAGGCUCCGGUCUUGGCCUUUUUAUCUCGAAGCGCCUAGCCGAGCUACACGGCGGCCAGAUUGGCGUCGCGUCGACAGAAGGCAAGGGCAGUCUGUUUGGUUUCUACGUCCAGGCUCGCAGGACGGCGCCUUUGGCGGAGGAUGACGCCGCAAUUAGCGACGCGCAAGGCUUGAGAAUGGAGCAACAUUUGGGAGCCGACUCGUCCACCCUCAGCACCUUGAACAUAACCCCACAGCGGCAGGAUUACGCGGGUGGUUUGGCCGGACCGGAUCAUAACAUGGUGGUCAGGAGCAAGUCCAGUCCUGCUGUACUCAACGACCUCGCCGCCGCCGCCGCCGCCGCCGUCGAGACGCAGCCAAAAAUUCUUGACCCCCGGGAGUUGCACGUUCUGGUGGUCGAAGAUAACCUGAUCAACCAAAAGGUGUUGGCUAGUCAACUUCGCAAAGCUGGAUGCACCGUCCACACAGCCAACGACGGAUUAGAGGCACUGGAGUUUCUCGAAACGACAGCUUUCCGUGUAGGUAACGUGCGCCUGUCGGUUAUCCUAAUGGACCUGGAAAUGCCCAACAUGGAUGGUCUCACUUGCGUGUCCGAGAUUCGGCGAAUGGAGGUGGACGGCAGGAUAGAGACUCACGUCCCCGUCAUAGCCGUCACAGCCAACGUCCGCGACGAGCAGGUUACCGAGGCGAUCAGGAGCGGCAUGGACGACGUGCUGAGCAAACCAUUCCGGGUACCGACGUUGUUUGACAAGAUUGGUGCUUUGUUGCUGGGAGGGGUAAAGGGAUGAGGGCGUUUGUCUGGGAUUCGUGGCUUUUUGUUUCUUUUACUAGCAAAUUAGCAAGGUGUUUGGGGGACCUGGGGAUUUGCAUAGCAUACGAUAAUGCAAAGGGUGCAUAUCUAGGCGGAGUUUGUUGGCUUUGGUGCUUAUUGGUAGAAAUACUAAUAUAUGUGUGGAUUUGUGUGUGGGACUUGUGUAGUCAUAUUGUAAGGUGGCGGACGGGAGAUGAUGAUAUUGAGACGCAAAUAGUGGCAUUUUUCUAUGUGAAAAUCCAUCUAGACCAGGCCUAUGAUUGAUA